ACAAAAACUGGUCAGUUUCCUUUAACCCAAUUCAGAUUCCUCUUCGUUACCUCCCCAAAUCAAAACCCCCCAAAUUGAACCCUAAGGGCUCUGCAAUACUGAUCUCAAAUCUGUUGAAUCUAAUCGCGCAUGGCCGUCAUCUAAUCCUGUUUGAUGUUUGGGUGGAUUUGGAGUUAAGGUAGCCAUGAAGCGAGACUUGGAUUUUGCAUUGGGGGCUGAGUCCGAGCUCGCUGGUUCACUUGUUCGGCGUCAGGAGUCGCCGAUUCAGUCUCAGUGUCGGAGUUCUAGUUUAGAACAAGUCGAUGCGAGUGGUAGCUGUAAGAGAGCUAAAGUUACUUUGGUUAAUGGUUACAUUGUUUAUACUCGAACUAGGAAGUCUAGGAUUAAUGCAUGUGAUAGAUUUUUGGAGAAUUUGGAAAGUAGGAGGUUAAAGGGCUUGGAUGAGCGAAGGAAUGAUGGUUUCGAUACUGUAAUUGAGGAGAGACCAGUGGUUGAAACUGUAAUUGGAGUGGAAAAGAAUCUAGUGGCCGGGGAUGUAGUUGAUGAUAGAUUAGCUGUUGAAAAUCGAGUGAAUUUAAUAGAGGAGCUAUCGCUGGUUGAGAUUGUGAUUGAAGAGAGCCAGGAUUUUGCUGAAAAUGCAAUUGAAGGGGACCUGGUUGUUGAAACAUUUAAAGACAACUCGAUUGUUGAAACUUUGGUAUUAGAGAGUCAGUUAGUUGAAAAUGCAGGUGUAAUUGGCUCUGGUUAUGAUUCACAGAUGGUCCUUUCGAAGGGUAAGACAAAAUGGAUGCCAGUGCAGUCUCUGGCUGACACAGAACCUGCUGAGGAAAAUCAGAUGCUUAAUGGUGGGAGUAUUGAGGAGAAGGAUGAUAUCCCCUUGAAGGCUCUUAGAUGGUUUUCUCGAUCAUUGAGGAAACCAGAGGCUGAACCUCAGAAGAGUUUGGCUGGGGCACUUCAACUAGUUGAGAAUGAAGUGGGUUCUAAUUUGGAUGAGGAGGCUGCAGCUGAAGGAAGUGGGUUGGGAACUACAAGAAAGAAUCUGGAGUUGAAAAUGUCAAAAAAGAUUGCCCUUAACAAGUGUCCAAUGACAGUUAAGGAGCUCUUCGAGACUGGUAUACUUGAUGGGGUUACAGUAAUUUACAUGGGUACAAUAAGUAGUAAGACUGCUGGUCUCCGAGGCAUAAUUAAAGAUGGCGGAAUUUUGUGCUCAUGUUCCUUGUGCAAGGGACGCAGAGUUAUUCCACCUUCCCAAUUUGAGAUUCAUGCUUGUAAACAAUACAAACGUGCUGCACAAUAUAUUUGCUUUGAGAAUGGAAAGAGCUUGCUUGAGGUGUUGAGGGCAUGCAGAAGAAGACCUCUGCAUAUGUUGGAGUCAACAAUUCAAAGCAUUAUUAGUGCUUUGCCUGAGGAAAAAUUUUUCUCCUGUAGGAGAUGCAAAGGGACUUUCCCCAUAAUCGAUGUUGGUCAAAUAGGGCCUCUAUGCAAUUCUUGUGUGGAGUUAAAGAAAAAAUCUCAAGGCAUCCCAAAUAGUACAACCAAGAGAGGAGCUAGAUCACAGGAUGCAGUUUUGGUCUCACAGUCUUCAGGAAGUGCUUCAGUGGGUAUCUCUUCACAAAAUAACUGUUUCAGACCAUCAGAACCUGUUUUCAUCUCACAUUCCUCACCAAGCACUUUAGUGGAUGUUACUUCACAAAAUAAGAGGCAAAGAAAGAAACCAAGAAAGUAUGCUGAGUUGGAUGUGGCAUCAAAGUCACCCAAAUGUGAUUCACAGAUUAAGACUACAUCAAGAGUAAAGGGGAAGCCUAGAAAAUCAUCAUUAUUGACAAAGUCCUCCAAAAGUGCCUCAAUGAGCAUUACCUCACAAGAUAAAGUUCAAUGGAAGCUCAUUAAAAGGUCACCAAAAUCAGCUUUGAUAUCAAAGUCACUCAAAAGUGCCUUGCCAGAUAUUUCUUUACUAAAUAGAAGUCAAUGGAAGAUGACAACAAAAGACCAGCGUUUGCAUAAGCUGGUAUUUGAGGAUGGUGGGCUGCCUGACGGAAGUGAAGUAGCAUAUUUUGCCCGUGGAAAGGUAGUUGACACGAAGAGAUUGCUUGUGGGUUACAAAAAAGGCUCUGGAAUUGUUUGUCAAUGCUGCAAUUCUGAGGUCAGCCCCUCAACAUUUGAAGCUCAUGCUGGUUGGGCAUCUCGAAGAAAACCCUAUGCAUACAUUUACACAUCUAAUGGGGUGUCUCUUCAUGAAUUGGCAAUCUCUCUAUCAAAAGGUCGCCGCUAUUCUGCAAAGGAUAAUGAUGAUGCAUGCAUCAUUUGCGCAGAUGGUGGAAAUCUUUUGCUUUGUGAUGGAUGCCCUAGGGCCUUCCACAAAGAAUGUGCAUCUCUUUCUACAAUUCCUCGUGGUCGCUGGUACUGCAACUAUUGUCAGAACUUGUUUCUGAGAGAAAAGUUUGAUGCAUAUAAUGCUAAUGCUCUUGCUGCUGGAAGGGUUGUAGGAGUUGAUGCCAUAGAUCAAAUAACCAGGAGAUGUAUACGCAUUGUGAAAAACAUUGAAGCUGAACUUAGUGGAUGCGUAUUAUGCAGGUGCUCUGAUUUUAGCAAAUCAGGGUUUGGUCCACGUACAAUUAUACUUUGUGAUCAGUGUGAGAAAGAAUAUCAUAUUGGCUGUUUGAGGAGUUAUAAAAUGGCUGAUCUAAAGGAAUUGCCAGAAGGGAAGUGGUUUUGUUGCACAGAUUGCAAUAGGAUCCAUACAAUAUUACAGAAGUUGCUCGAUCGUGGAGCUGAAAGGAUUCCUGAAUUUCUUUUGGAUGUUAUAAAGAAGAAAUAUGAGGGAAAAGGUUUAGACACAACUAUGGACAUUGAUGUAAGAUGGAGGCUUCUUAGUGGCAAAAUAGCUUCUCCUGAAACUAGGCUAUUGCUUUCUCAAGCUGUUUCUAUCUUCCAUGAAUGCUUCAAUCCUAUAGUUGAUGCAACUACUGGACGUGACCUUAUUCCAUGCAUGGUUUAUGGAAGGAAUUUAAAGGGCCAGGAGUAUGGGGGCAUGUACUGUGCAGUACUGACAGUCAACUCAUUGGUUGUUUCAGCUGGAAUACUCAGAGUUUUUGGGCAGGAAAUUGCAGAACUCCCUCUAGUCGCAACUAGUAUUCCUAACCACGGGAAGGGCUAUUUCCAACUAUUGUUCUCCUGUAUUGAGAAGCUGCUGGCAUUCCUGAAUGUAAAAACCCUCGUGCUUCCAGCUGCUGAAGAAGCAGAAUCAAUAUGGACAAAUAAGUUUGGCUUCAAGAAAUUAGAACCGGACCAGUUCAUCAAUUAUAGGAGAAGCUGCUGCCAGAUGGUUAGAUUCAAAGGAACAUCCAUGCUACACAAAGAAGUUCCUGUCUGCCAAAUUGCCAGUAGUAGUACCAAGCCUACAGAAUCGGGUAACAACGGAGAAUAGCAAAGUCAUUCUUUUCAUUUUUUUUAAAAAAAAUUAAUUAGUCAGUGUAAUCAAGUUCACAAAGUGCAUCAAUUGUAAUUCUGUCACAAGUAGUUUGCUUUAUUGUUCUCAAGAAGCAACUACCGUUUUUCCCCCUUUUGAGUUAGUCUGGUUGGACAUCACUUGGUGUACAUUGGCACGUCCUCAUUUUCAAAAAUGCAACUUUCAAACAGUAGCCAAUUACAAAUUGGGUAGAAAUUGGAAUGGUUUAGAUUUAGUUAUAAACUGAUUUCAUAGUGGAUUGAUUUAAUUCCCUUUCGCUUGUGAUGUAAUAUUGCAGUUUUCGAUUAUCGCUUCUGGCAAAUCUCUACACUGAUUAUUUUGUAGCAUUUAGAUCCCCCUCGUUAUUCAUGU